GCUGGGGCUGGGAGAUGCCGGUGCCUCAACGGUUUCCGCGUGGCCCAGCUCUCCGUUCUCGGAGGGCACUGCCCUGGGGACCGUGUCUCGCUUGGGGACGCGACCCCACUCAAAAACACCUCCCCGCCCCCGCGCCCUUUAGAAGAGAAGCCGGAGAGACGCUGGCUCCUCAGCCUUCAGCGGCAUCUGUCUCGUCCCUCUUAGCAACCGGGUCCUCGGCGGGUCCUCAGAGGGACGUGUCGUGUCCCCUUUUAUUUCCUUGCCGUUCGCCCUCCCGGAGAUUCCCGGAUCUCUCGUAUUCCAACCUCUCACUUGGCGACUGCCAACCCCUUUGUUUGGCGUUGUUUGUAACCAGUCCCUUCUCCCGAGGAUGACGGCUCUUUCUUUACCUUCAUCCAGGACCCCUACCCCAUAUGACCUACCUCGAGAGAACCACGGUUGUUUGUUUGCUUUUUUUUUUUUCUGACCUUCCUCAGGAGCUCGUUUCUUGGGGUCUACUGUCCCUUCUCUACUCUUCCCAAAGAAAGGGCAGAAAGAACAGAACACAAACCUUUUCCCUUUUGCCUUUAGUUUUUCCUUCCAUAGCUUGAAACUGUCCAGCCCUCUCCCUUUCCUACAAGGAACUCCCAUGUCGGAACUGCAAACCACAGCUUUCCUAUCACCAAAGAGCAGCUGGGAAUAUGAACAGCUAUUUGGAAUGAAACUGGAUGGCUUCUACAGGGAGCCAGGCCUCUGAUAUAGACAAGAUUUUUGGAUUCUUCAAUGAUGGCGAACCCCCCACCAAAAAGCCCAGGAAGCUGCUUCCAAGCUUGAAAACCAAGAAACCUCGAGAACUUGUGCUAGUGAUUGGAACAGGCAUUAGUGCUGCAGUUGCACCGCAGGUCCCAGCCCUGAAGUCCUGGAAGGGGUUAAUUCAGGCCUUGCUGGAUGCUGCUAUUGAUUUUGAUCUUCUAGAAGAUGAGGAAAGCAAAAAGUUUCAGAAGUGUCUCCAUGAAGACAAGAACCUCGUCCAUGUUGCCCAUGACCUCAUUCAGAAACUCUCCCCUCGUACCAGUAAUGUUCGAUCCACAUUUUUCAAAGACUGUUUAUAUGAAGUAUUUGAUGACCUGGAGUCAAAGAUGGAAGAUUCUGGGAAACAGCUCCUUCAGUCUGUUCUCCAUCUGAUGGAAAAUGGAGCCCUAGUAUUAACUACAAAUUUUGAUAAUCUCCUAGAACUAUAUGCAGCCGACCAGGGAAAACAGCUUGAAUCCCUUGACCUUACUGAUGAGAAAAAGCAGGUGCUCGCCUUGCCAUCCUGGUCGAGCUGUGUAUGUAUUGUGCAGGUCCUGGAGUGGGCGCAGGAGAAGCGGAAGCUAAGUGUGUUACACAUCCAUGGGGUCUAUACCAAUCCUAGUGGCAUUGUCCUCCACCCAGCUGGAUAUCAGAACGUGCUCAGGAACACUGAAGUUAUGAGAGAGAUUCAGAAACUCUAUGAAAACAAGUCAUUUCUUUUCUUGGGUUGUGGCUGGACGGUGGAUGACACCACUUUCCAGGCCCUGUUCCUGGAGGCUGUCAAGCACAAAUCUGACCUAGAACAUUUCAUGCUGGUUCGAAGAGGAGAUGUAGAUGAGUUCAAGAAGCUUCGAGAAAACAUGCUGGACAAGGGGAUUAAGGUCAUCUCCUAUGGAAAUGACUAUGCUGAUCUUCCGGAAUAUUUCAAGCGACUGACAUGUGAGAUCUCCACAAGAGCAGGGAUGGCAAGAGAAGGCCAGCUAAAUGGCUCAUCUGCAGCACACGGUGAAAUGAGAGGCUGUAGUACAUGAGCAAGCUGGAGAAAUCACCAUUAGACCACACUGUGGGGCCUUCCUGUGGAUGUGUUUAACAUGCAAACAUACAAGAACUCAGCACCGCUCCCAGGAAGUACCAAUACCCAGAAGUUGAAGCUUGGGGUAGAAUAGGGGUGGCAGUGUUGCACCUUCCCUUCAUGCUGGCUGUUUCUUGAUACUCUGCUGCCUGGUCCAGUUAAAUACCCAAUGACAUCAGGACCCAAUGUAGCCCCUACCUACCCCAAGGCUGGACAUGCUUGUCUACACAGCAGACCAAUGUGAUGGCUCCUGGCUAUGGCUGCAGCUCUGCAGGACUUGGGGAGCAAGAAGUCAUGGAGUCAGUGGGCUCUUGUUGCAGUUUUGUACUCUACUUGGUUUUUUCAAUUGAGCUUAUGGCUUUUUUAAAACAUGACUUGAAGCUCUAGUUUUCUAGAUCUUUUACAGUGUACAGUAUUUUACAUAACUGAGCUGUAUUAAAAGCCUGUUCAUUUA